UUUCCAUCCCUUUCCUCUGCCUUACACCGCACACCCACUGGCACCCUCCCAGAGUCAGGACCGUGGAACACGCCAAGACAGUUUAUAAUUUCCGAGACAAGAUGUUCCUUCCGUACCAGCUAAUGCACCCAACGGCUUUUUUCUUUUUAUUAUUUUUGCAACUGUCCUUCUGUUGUCUGCCCAUUCCAUCUUGUUGCUUUUUUGAGAUACCGGCACUCGAGCAGACUACCUGCUCUCCAGCUCUUUCCCCCCCCUUCCCUCCCCAUUUCCUUCCAUCAGGCUCUUCCGAGUCCGGUGACCCCAAGGAGGUGGGGAGUAGGGAAUUACGUAAACUUUCCCGCCUAGUGCCUAUAGCAGUUGAGAGGAAUGUCUUUUUCUCACCUCCUUCGCGCCCCGGAACAAGGGGCUUGGGUACCUGAACGUGGGUUCUGCACGGUAGAGUCUGGUAGUCGUGGUUAGAUUAUCUGUGGUGCUUUUUUUUUUUUCUCUUUUCUUUUUUUCAUUCUCAUUUUCCCUUUCCCUUUCUUUUCUUUUUUCUGCCCUCUUUUUCCUUUUCCUUCCGCCACCAAAACGCUAUCGGUAAUCCAUAUCUCGACUACACGCGAACGACGAUGAUAUGGUGGGCAAUGGAAAUGCACCGGCUGUGGGUUGGGUUGACCGCACGCCAACCGAUCUCCCACUUGCCCCCCUGCUAUUACCCCAUUCAUUCUGCUCUGUGCCUGAAGCCUUUUUAGAGUGAGGUGAGGUGAAGUGAGCCUGGGCUGCUGGAAAUGCAGAGACAGGUGUUGGGAGGUGCUCCUCCGUGUCAAAAGGGAUCGCAGGCUAGCAGACAUCUCAAUUCCCGAUGGUUAUUUUUAUUUCUGGUGUAGUUCACGUCCCGGCGUGAUGACUGGGAGAGCUUAUUGAAUAUCCCGAGCCAGUGAUCCUGACUUGCCGGCUUAGGAUUCGAUGUGAUUGUCGGCCGUGUGAAUGGCAUGGUCUUCACACGUCAUUCCCAGUGCAUCAUCGUGAGUAGGUUUGAUGCAGUUGCUUGAGCAGUAAAGCAGCUGCCCCGGUGUCCGGAGGGGGAGGGAGGGAUGGAAGGCUAUAUUAAUCGGGGGCAAGAGGGAGCCAGGAGAGGGAGGAGGAUGAGAGGAAAGAGGCAGAAACAAGAAGAAGAAGGAGAAAAUCAUCCAACGGCUGCCGGAGUGAUCAAUUGACUUGAUCCUUUUCCAACAACGAGGGAGAACGAGAUUGGGCCAUUCACUGCUGAGAACAAAGGGGUCGGAGCGGAAUCCAAUUUCAAUGUAAGUUCAAAGAUGGGGAAGUGGCAAGAGCUACUGCUAUUCUAACCAACUUGGCGGGGAAGAAUAGCAACGGGAAGGGGGGAUAUCACAGGAAGGAGUACGGAGAUAUACCGGGAGAGCAGAAACUGACUUUUCUUGGCUUUAGAAUCCUUCACUGGCCGAGGCAAAGUACGAGUACUCGUGUCAACUUUCCUAUUAACUGCGGAUGGUACGGAGAUGCGGGUAUAGCUGAUCUGGAUCCCAGAAUUCAAGAUUGGACUCUCUUUUUUUCCCCAAACAAAAAAACCUUGGUUCCCAGACCUUGUCGGGUCGAGGUCCUACCACAAAACCACUGUAAUCAUCACCAAAACCGAGCACGCUCAAUAGCUACAACGGGCUUAGCGGAGCAAGUCUGAUAGUGGCCGCCCCUUCCCCGAAAAACUUUAUAUUAGAUCUUAUCUUUUUCCCAUUCCUUUUCUACCCCUCAUCCCCGCCUUUCCUUCUCCACUCAAGUAUUCAAGUCGCCUCAUCCCCGGUCAUUGCCCAUCCCUUCCACCCUCAACCAAACACUCGUUGCCUCCUCACGCUUAUUAUUAGCUGGGCUCACCUUCGAAGGUUGUGCUCCAGUCGAGCUGUUUCCCGCAGCCAACGAGGGUAUCCCCUUCUUCCCACAAAGCUUUCCUUACCCGCCUCCCCUGAAUGUCAAGAGCCGUGAAUCCCGGCCCACGCAACGUCAUAGACAGUGCAAUGACAGACCCGAGUCAAGAACCCGCACCAAAUACCACGCCAGUGAAGGAACUGGUUGUGGUGAACGCCACUGGUCGGCAAGCCUCUAGCGUCGUCCGGGUAGCCUCCGCCGUGGGUUACAAAGUGCGUGCACAGCUUAGGUCUCUGAAAAAGGAUCUUCAACUAUCAGCGGAGCUCAGGCUUCUCCCGAAUGUAACACUGGUAGAAGGUUCCCUUGAUGAUCAAACAUUCGUGGACAGGCUAUUCGUUGGUGCACAAUACGCAUUUGUCAACACUACGCCAUACGCAUGGACGGACGAGAUUGCAACUGGAAAAUCGCUUGCGCUCGCGGCCCUCAAGGCCGGCAUACGACACUACGUAUUCUCGUCGCUGACAGACCACUCGACGCAUGACCCCCCGCAGGAAUCGCUACCCCUCUGGGCUACCAAAUUCACGGUUGAGCAGUACAUUCGCCAAUUGGGGUUACCUUCUACCUUUGUCUAUGUGGGCAGCUAUCAUAAUAAUUUCUCAUCGAGACCCUAUCCGCUUUGGCAGCUGACUCCUAGGGCGGAUGGGGGCUUUGUGUGGAAAGCCCCCUUUCCGCCAGAUUACCCUAUCCCAUUCAUCGAUACGGAGCAUGACCUUGGUGCAGCCGUGAUUCAAAUUUUCAAGGAUGGAGUGAAGCGGUGGGGCGGACAGAGGUAUGCGUUUUCUUUUUCGCUUUCUUCCCCUCGAGUUUCAGCCUUAAGGCAUAUAUCGGUAGCAACUAACCAGAGCCGGCCGGGAUUUAGGAUUCCCCUAGCUUUUGAAGUUCUCACCCCAUUGCAAGUUUGCAGCGCCUUCUCUAGAGCUCUGGGAAGACCAGUAAACUACCAACCCCACCCCCUCGAAAUUCGUACACCAAUCCCGUCUGGGUAUCGGGACCAAUUGGAGGGGAUCGUGAGGGUGCUGUGCGAGCAGCGUGCUUCUUACUUCAGGCCAGAGAUGGAGGGCUCUGCAACGGAGAUUUCUCGAGCUCUCUGGCCCGGCUGGAGAGGCAUGGAGGAAUACGCACGGGAGGUCUGGCCAAUUGAGGAGAAGGCCAAUGGUGCAUCCUGGAUUGCGAGCGGCGUCGCGACGCCGGCUAGUGAAAUGGAAGGGGACAAUUAGUUUUCUUCUGAUUUCCUUUUCCAUUUUUUUUCCAUUCUCCUGGCAUUUGUCUUUUCUUUCCUUUUUCUCUCUCGCCUUGUCCCCAUGAUUUCCCAUUUCGCCCCCCCCCCCAUUUUACUUUCCCCUCUCGCUUCUGGGCUUAUUUCAUGGCUUUCUGCGUUUAGCUCCACGCAUGGUUUUGACUGGAGAGUUGGGGACAGGGGGUACACUAAACCGAAAAGUGCUUGCUUUUGCUCUCUACUUUUUUCUGGGGUCUUUCCGUUUUUCCCCUUUAGUAUUCAUGUUAUUAUUUUCGCGAGUCUGCUACUACCUGUAGGAAGGGGUGCGUUCCUUCUCUCAUGCUUUACAAUGUUGCAAAAAAAAAAAAAAAAGGGUCUCGCGGCGCUCUUGCUUUUCUCCUUUUUAUUCUUUUUCAUUUUUUUGCAUGAUUUUCAUCAGCUGUCCGUUGGAGGACGCGAUGGGGAGCAGGGUGAAGAAGAAGGAAAGGAAGGAAGGAGGGAUGAAAGGGCUUGUUUGUAAAUGUUUCUUCCUGGCCUUAAAAAAUAAACUUUUGUGAUAUU